CUAGAACAAUAAGGAUGUAGAUGUGAAGACAUUGACAAUAGAUUCUAGAUCUACCAAUCCCCAAAUAUAUACCUCAUGAAAAACUUGGAAAAGUGAAGAACAGUAACAUAAGUAUGGCAAGAUCAUAGAUUCUAUUCAUAUGAUUCGACGUAUGCUUUAAGAUCAAUAAUAAGGCGAUGUCUUCGAUUUUAAAGAUUAAGGAUGACCGAAGUAUUUCACAUGACCACGCAAACCAAGUUGCGACCUAUAUUUUUUGCCACAUUUAAUACAGACAAAGCCAGUGUCCGCUUGGAGUGUAAGGUUACUUAAAUUGAAUUUUCAUCGCUUGGGCCUGUCUUCGGUAAGCCCUUCUAUGAGUCUCUUGAGUGUACCUUUGUGAGAUCUCUCCAGCUGUCUCUUUCAGAAAAAGUCUGCAAUGGCCACCGCAUUGCCAACUUUGUGUCUAGAACAAAGAACAUUCAUCCUAAGAUUUUGACCCACCAAAGAUGACUGUUAUAGUCGCCGGAGCUGCUUGUGCUUACGCAGUUUCUGGUCUGUUGAGAGGAGCAAUAGCUGGUGCUACUGUAGGCUUAGCCAUGGGCACUAGCACUCAAAUUACAGGCACGGCAGGGACUUCGUCUGGAAUUGCGGGCGCAGUUGCUGGAAGCGCCAGCGGUGGCGCAGUCAUGGGAAUAGCUUGUGGAGAAACUGUGGAAAGUGCCUUGGUUGGCGGAGUACUUGCAAUGGCAUCAAGUUACAUGGCUUCAGCCCAACAUUUUAUCCACUCGAGUGCCAUCGGAUGGCUUGUUCUUGGCGCUGAUGUCAACGGCUCUCCUACAGCGACAUGCACCUUUGAUUGCUGGAAACCUGUGGUCCAUGAUCACUCUGUCGAGCCAUCAGCUGGAAAGCUGCUAAGAGAUGUCGUCAUGGAUCCUCGCAUCAAGCACGUGACAAUGGUGCCAACUUUAAAGUCUUCUUGUCCACAAAUUUUUAUUACAAAUGUUUGGAACGAAAAAUUCCGAGUUGACUAUGUAACUCUUCCAAACAAACUGACGGCUGCUCAUGCAGUGAUCAUCUGAAAGAUUUUAAACAUAUAGACGCACAUAUUACGUAAUAAUUCUUAUUUAACGUUUACAAUUAAAUUUAUGAUUGUUGAGCUUG